GAGAGAGAAAGAGAGAGAGAGAAAGAGAGAGAGAGAGAGAGAGAGAGAGAGAGAGAGAGAGAGAGAGAGAGAGAGAGAGAGAAAGAAGAAGAAAAAAAAAAGAAAAAAAAAAAAAGGGGGAAACAA